AUGAUGGCUACCGAGGAUAUUGCAGCUGGUCAAGUGAUCGUAUCAGUUCCUCGUCGCUUUUUGAUCACAAACGAUAGUCUGUCCAAGAUCUAUGGCGCUACUAACGCUCUUAGUUCGCAUGAACUUUUAGCACUUCACCUUGUUUUGUUACGUCAAGAAAAGGAGUCAUGGUGGAAACCUUACAUUGAUCUCUUGCCUAUUCAUUUUAAUACAAUGCCUGUCAAAUAUGCACAAGUCUUAGUGGAUCAUUUACCUGACGCACUUAAGCAAGACACAUUACAACAAAAACAAAAUAUACAGCAGGAUUAUGUCUCUUGCGUUCAAUUCCUGAGGACAUUGCCUGAACCAUUGGCUAGUCAGACCAUUGAUCCAGACGAUUUUGAAUGGGCUUGGCUAUGUGUGAAUACACGUUGCAUUCAUAUGAGCACGAUCAAUCAUACAGUCAAUAAAGGCGGCAACAUUGCAUUAGCACCUAUGCUAGAUUUUCUGAAUCAUACAACAGAAGCCAAGAUCGAAAGUGGUUUCAAUACACGUACACAAUGCUUUGAAAUCAAGACAUUAACACCUUAUGCUAAAGGAGAACAAGUGUUUAUUAAUUAUGGACCUCAUGACAAUUUUGCUAUUUUAAAGGAAUAUGGGUUUGUGUUGUCUCAAAAUAUAUACAAUUAUGUUUCGUUGGAUAACGAAGUCUGGCAAUUAUAUUCAGAAGUCGAGUCAAAUCGUGGACUAGAGAUCAAGAAACACAUCUUGGAAGGAGCUGGAUACUCUGGAGAUUAUUCCAUCAAAUCAGAUGAAAUUUCAUUUCGUUUAUUAACCGCUUUAAGACUGUUGGCUAUUCCAGGCACAACACAAUCUGGAUUUGAUCGUAAAGUGAUGGACUGGCAUGAUGUUGUGAUGGGACAGACAGACAUGAUCAGUCCAGAAAAUGAACGUAAAGCCUUGUUGAUGCUGCAAUCCAUUUGUGAGAAAGCAGGUGAAAAAGCAAACUAUGAAAACACCAUUUUAAAUGUAAGACAUUUUACUGAAAAAUACCCAGAAGCUGAAUAUCAUCCAUUUGCUCUUUAUUUUCUACGACAAGUUUGGAAGGAAUCAAGCGAUAUUAUCAACGAUACAUUGAUCUCUUUGAAAGAGAAGUUAGCAGCAUUGUAAAUACUCAGUAGAGUGCAUCCUUUUUUGUGGAUCAAAGGGGCGAUAAUAUGCAUAAGACAUCAUUUGAAAGAAGUAUAAAUCUCCUUGUUUAUUUUAAAUAAAACAUCCUUUUCUUUCUCUUUUGUUCAUCAUGCGUUGUUUGGUUCUUGUCUCUUUUGCCAUCUUUGGGCUUGUUGUCAACGCUUCUUUUGCUCUAGAAAACCAUCUUGGAUUAAAUCAAGGGGUCUAUGCUGUUAAAAGGCACGUUCGUUCUUCACCGCAAUACCAUCGGAUGCGCCCUGAAAAAUUACCACUUCGAAAAGGGCCUCGUAGGCAGUCUCCUUGUAAAAAAGUGCCACAUAAAGGUAGAAAACGAAACUCAAAAUGGAAAAUUUAGUGUCAAUCAAAGCCAUUUCUAAACUGUGGAUUGUAUAAAUUUGUUGU